AUGAGUGACCGAUACUGGGACCCGAAUUCCAGACGAUCAAGUCAGAGUUACCAUAGUUACAACAGUGAACUUGAAGAUCGAUACACAUACGAACGAGUCACUCCCCCACCACCACCACCUGAACCUGAAAGGGAUGAAUUUCAAGAAGCCAUAGAUUACGGCUUCUACACUGCUCUUCCAGAUUUCGAGAUCUUCAACAAUUACGAUUGGGCGUAUAGAGCAAAAGGAGAUAUAACCGUUUUGACUUCUUCUCUUCAUAUGAUUGAUCCUGCAGGUCGACCCAUACCUGAACGACUCUCGACCCGAGAAGAUUUCCGUCUAGCAGGAGCAAGGGUUAAUAGUAUUUUAAUCCCAUAUACAUUCUCCACUAAUCCAAUUAAUUACUUGACUGAAAUUGUUGAUAAAUGUUCAACUCAAGUUCAGGGUUUACACUCACAUUUGACAGAACUUAGAAGAUACGGUGAUGUUUAUUCACCUCCAACAUCCCACUCGUUCGUAUCAAGUCUUAAAGCUUUGACUCGAGUUGAAAACCAUGUAGGUUCUUUAAGACAAGAUUUACCAACUGUCCAAGACGGUUUUGUGAAGUUACAACAAUGGAAAAGAUAUUUGACUAGUAGUGGAGGGUUGGUUCAUGAAGAAGUUGUUGAAGUAUGGAAAGAAGUUCAAAAUUCUUUAUUGACCGUUGAAAAGAUCACUCAAAGUUUCAAUAUGAUUGAUACAGAAGCUAGAAACGCAAAAGAUGGUAUUGAUGAGUUCCUUAGGAAUUGUAGACAAGAUAAAAGUGAACGAUUGAGAGAAAUUCAAGAAUAUAGUCAACAAAGUCGAACAAAUGAAGAUUAUUACGAUGAAGGAAGUUCUUCUGCUAGACCCAGGAUGAGGGAAAGGGAGAGAUACGUUUCGGAGACGGUUGUUAGAGUUGGGUCUAAUGAUAGACCAAGUACUCGCAGAAGUCAUAGUGAUAGAGAAGAAAGAGGUCAUACGAGUAGAAACUCUCGUUGGUCGGAACGUAGAGAAAGAAGGUCUUGA